AUUAUUUCAUUAUAAUAGAUGAUAGCAUUUUAAUUAAAAGAUGUGGAUAAAGGUUUGAUCCCUGAUAGAGUGGUCUAAGAAAUAAUCAGUAAAUUGCCUAAGGAGUCAGUUGAAAAAGCUAAAUACUUUGCCUAACUAUUCGAUCAGGCUACUUAAAUUCUGACAGAUGAAGGAAAUGAUGAAUUUGUGAAAAUUGAAAAAGCUAUUAUUAAUAAUGAUUUAAGAAAUUAAGUUUGGGAGAUUAAUUUCAAAGGAGAAGAAAACACAGAGUAUUAAGAUAAAAAAAUUCAAGGUUAUUUGAUUCUACCGAAUGACUAUCCUACAGCUGCUCCAAAAUUCUAUUUUUGGUUUUUCAAAGAUAAUUCUAAAAUUAUUCAUGAAAAUAUCUACGGAGAUGGAUUACUUUGUAUGCCUAUGGUGACAAAUAAUUGGAAAGGCAACGAAGGAUUAACCUAAGUGAUGAUGACUAUAAGAGACAUUUUCAAUAAUCCAAAUGAUAAAGAUCCAGCCAACCCUAUUUUCACGAAAGCCCCUAAUGUUGAAAAAACUAGAAGAAGAAAGGCAUAAUCAGAAUUAUUGGAAGACUGGGAAUGAUCCAAUUAUUUUAAAUAUAAGUAUUGAUAUAUAUUAUGAUAUAUCUCCA